GAGAUGAUAUGUUCCAUUGGCAAGCUACAAUAAUGGGGCCAAACGACAGUCCCUAUCAGGGUGGAGUAUUUUUCUUGACAAUUCAUUUCCCAACAGAUUAUCCCUUCAAACCACCUAAGGUUGCAUUUACAACAAGAAUUUAUCAUCCAAAUAUUAACAGUAACGGCAGCAUUUGUCUUGAUAUUCUGCGGUCACAGUGGUCUCCAGCACUAACUAUUUCAAAAGUACUCUUGUCCAUCUGUUCUCUGUUGUGUGAUCCUAAUCCAGAUGAUCCUUUAGUGCCUGAGAUUGCUCGGAUCUACAAAACAGAUAGAGAAAAGUACAACAGAAUAGCUCGGGAAUGGACUCAGAAGUAUGCGAUGUAAUUAAAGAAAUUAUUGGAUAACCUCUACAAAUAAAGAUAGGGGAACUCUCAAAGAGAAAGUCCUUUUGAUUUCCAUUUGACUGCUUUCUAUGAGCCCACGCCUCAUCUUCCCCUGUGCACAUGUUUACCUGAUACAGCAGUGCUGCGUGUUGUACAUACUUCGAACAACAAAUAGAAAUACUGUACUUCUGUACCAACAUUGCCUCCUAGCAGAGAAGUGUGUAUGUGACAAGCCAGUUCUUCAGACAUAACCUAGGUGUGAGACUAAAAGCUUUCCUAUUGACUUAAAUUUGGAUAACUGCAAGUUGAGGGGUGGUGGGUAUGUUGUGUGCUUGGAUGGGAAAGAAAAGCUCCACUGACCUGUAGGAGAUGUUUUUUAAGUGGAAUCCUUUUAAACUCAAAACAGAUAUGAAAAGCAAGGCGAAGAACAUGAAGCUGUUUCUGUAUUCAUUUUAUGCUGAAGGACCUACGUCUUAGGUGAAAGUUAUAACCAACCAGAUUAAAAUCUACCCACAUCCUGUAUUUUAAGGUCUAAGUUUAACUGGAUUGGAGCUAUUAGUAUAUAAAGUGUGAUGGGCUUUGUUCCCACUUCUUACAUUUCCCCACCCUUCAACCCUUGUCCUUUCAGCCCCUCUUUCUCUCUUCCAUAUUCUUUGGUUUGUAUGUGGUUUCUCAGUUAAUACAUAGCUAAUAGCUCUUAUUUUUCUUAUGUUUUUAACUACUUAGGUCUUUCUGGAUGUAAGGGUGAAAAUUCAUUUGAUGGAAAUACUUGUGUAUAUUUAAAGACCCAGUUGCUCCUCUGGAGCUUGUACGUUCAAGAAUGAUUAAUCUGUGUAAUAAACUGAUUACUACAGUCAUUACAUAUAAUUUUGUGUGAAUAGGCUUUUUGAUUUUAAGAACUUUAUCUAGCUGAGAUUAGUGGUGGAUUUUCCCCUUAUUCUUUAAAUGUCCACUGCUUUUCGUUUUCAUUUAUACUGGUUGCAUUUUAAAAUCAUGAAACAAUUCCAGUUUACAUAGUAAAAAGGAUAUCUUGAAAGUAAUUUCACUGAACAAGAUAAGGGCAUAAGCUUAAAAGCUUUUCCAUGAAAUUUAUAUGUGUAGUAUUCCAGGAACAUGACUGUUAAACUAAGAAAUUUGCUUUAUUAAUGAAACCAAGCUGCAUAUCACCAAAACCUUGUGACAUUCCCUUGGUACAUAGGACAUAGAACAAAGGCAUUGCUAUUUGGUAAGUUAAGCUUCUGUGAUUGUAAAAGAGCAACAUUGACCAAACCUGGGAAACAUGAGCACAAUCUUGUAUUGGAGAGUCUUCAUAAUUACUUUGCACUAACAUUGCAGGAUGUUCAUUCCAUUUUAAAUUGUACUGUAUGUGGCUUUUUUGAAGUCUUCCCUUGACUCUAGUAAAAUGUAGUUUGAAACUU